UUUUCGGAACAAGGAUUCAAAACAGCCGCUAAAACUAUCAGGACGAUAUUUUGGAACUUGUUGUCAAGCCUCCAAAUGAUACUCUGUUUGCUGGAAGCCAUUGGGUUUUCCAGCAAUAUUCCUCUCCAGCUCACAAGGCUAGGUCAACUCUGCUGUAAAAGAACAUUCCAGAGUUCUUCUCUGAUUGGCCCUCAGGAAGCCCUGAUCUCAACUAACUAUAUUAUCGGCUUUGGUCCGAACUGGAGAGGAUGGCAUGCCACAGAGCACACCCUAACUUGGAAAGCCUCAAACAAUCUCUGGUCCGAGCAGUUGAGCGCUUUCCUCAAGAAGUGCUGCGUGCUGCUAUUGAUGACUGGCCACGGAGAUUGA